AUGAGGCCCAACACAGAAGGAGUGAAAUCGGCGAUGGUCAUAAAGAGGGAGAAGAUGGUCCAAGAUCGGGAGAGGGCCGAACUUUUUUGGCAGUCAAAUCAUCGGCAGCGAGGCCGUCUAGAAAUUCUGGGCAAUGCCCGCAUUCCCUUGCCGGGGAUAGACACCCGGGUUUUCAAUGCGCGUGUUGCGGCGCGCCUGGACAUCCCGUAUCACUGGCUGGUAGGCAUCAUCGCCAUAUGCUCCGUGCGAACUCAUCUCGCCGUAGUACGGAUUCUCUCCGUAGUAACCUCCGGACGGGUGCGCAGCAGACAUGUGGCUCUCUUCCGACGCCUCGGAUCGGUUGGCGGCCGAGUAGGCCGACGACGCAUUCGAGGGACCACGAUGAAUAUCGCCAUUGCGGUUGUUAGCGGCCACGGGAGCGGCACCCAGCACGCCAAUGGGUUCAACCUCACCCGAGUCUGGGCGAGCACCGUCUGA